UGGUUUGCAGCCUUAGGGGCUUCCCUGUGCAAUUCAGGCAAAGCACCCCUAAAGCACAGUUCUUUGGGUGUCUUACAGACACCUGCAGCCUUCAGCUCCCACACUGGAGGUCCUGCUGCAUCCCAUGCACAGGUUUCUGCCUUUAGCACCGAUUUUUAUCAUCCCCUUGGGCUGUUCCAGAGCUGUCUGGGGAAAUGAGGCAAUGGAGCCUCCUCAGAAGGGAACAGAGACGAGCAGGGUGUUCAGACGGGUUUGGUUUUAUGUUCUGAAUUACACUCUGAGCCUGUUCAAAGCAAUUAUGUUCAGAUAUUGGGAGCUGACCCCGUUAGCCCGGCCCGUUCCUGCCGUGGCAGCAGCAGAUGCUGCGGAACAGCCCCAGCCCAGGAACGUGUCACACGUCGUGACCUGGCGGCUCCCGGCAAUUAACGGCUCUGGGACUCGCCGUGCUGGAGCACAGCCAGACACCUGCAUCUCAUACCUGCUGAGGGGCCUCAACUUGAAGACAAGGCAGUUUCAGAGCAAACUCUUACCCUUGAGCUUUUCCUGGCUCAAGAUAAUGGUGCACAGGCCAGUGGGAGAGUGUGGCUGGAGGAGGAGCUUCUUGUUCUCGUGGACAGGCAUCCCCAUCAGUGUUCCCAUGGAGCUGGGCUCAGCCCCUGGGAGAACUGGGGCUCCUACAACCAGGCCUAACUUAUCCAUUCUCAGCUGCUUUUUAGGUGUGGGAUGUGCAGUCCAAGCAGAGGAUGCUCCUCCAGCUGCUGUCCAUGCCCUUCCACUGAGCAGGACGUUACCUUGCAGGCACCCAGCUGCCAGGUCUCUGCAGCAGUGGCAGCUGGAAUUCCUUGCUCAUCCUGUGUGGAUGUUGCUGCCUUUCUUGCAGCUGGAGUGGCAUCACUCAGGUUUCUCUGUUGGCCAGGGUCUGGCACUGCUGAAGACACUGUGUGUUGGUUCCCCAAAGCAGCACUUGGGAAGAAGCCUUUUUUUGGCUGUGUUCAACCUCAGCAGGGAGCACAUUGUCUGGUGGUCAGCGAGGGUCCCGUGGCUGUGCCAGCCGGAGCACCGUGGUACCCCAGGCACACGAGGAGCCAGCUUUGCCAAAUCCUCCUGCUGCCAGGCUUGGGGGCGGUGAGCUCACCUACCUACAAGAUCGUGGGUUGGCCUGAUGAAAGGAAACGGGUGGAAAUAAUAGGCUUAGGCUUUUGUAAGGGCCCAAACUCAGUGUAACGUUUUAUCUCGGCUGAUUAAUGACAUCUAAGCAUUAUCGAUGAAGCACAUGUUUAAAUGGAUUAAGAAAUCACUAACUGGCAGAUCUCAAAGGAUAGUCAUUAGGGAGUAAUCAGCAAUGCUGGUAUUUUUAGAGGGAACUCAGGGGCCUGGGUGCUUGGCCUGAUGCUGUUCAGUUGAAGUAUUUGAAGUUCUUAAAAAGUCGCUGUUAAUAAUCUUUGCUGAUGGUGCAGAAAUGGGGUGAGCAGCUAAAAAUGGAAGAACUGGGACAAAUGCAGAAUAACUGGAGUGGUUUGGUAAAUUCCCGACCAUGGAGCUUGAAAGCUGUGAAAGGCAGUGGGUGCAGCCUGGGGUGGCCAGUGGCAUCCUGAGGGGAGAAGGAGGAUUUUGGGGUGCAUGGUCCCUCUGGGGGGGUGUUACAUUCCCCAGUGGUCCCCGAUGCUCAGGCACACACCUCUCCUGUUGUGCAAGAAAUCUCAUCAAAUGCAGAAAGGCUUUGUAAUAAGUUUUUCAAAUUGGUUGCUGCUACAGCGUAACCUUUAGAUGACUGGUAUUUAACCUUGUAUAUCACUCUGAGCUUUUGAAUGAAUUUAGCUUAAUAAAGGUGCCUUAUUAAAUUACAAGGCUGGUUUCUUUUAAGCCUCUAGAAAGAGGCAUAGUAGGAAAUAGCUGUGAGUUGUUGGGUCUAAUUGGCUGCCGUGGAGCACACAGGGGCUUGGGUGCAUAGAUGCAAGUGUUUAUUUUUAUGUAGUAAUCCAGCGGUGUGGUGUGAUGAAGUUCCAAGUUGAAGAUUUCGGGCUGCUGGAAUGCACUUGGUGUUAAAAACUGCCACUUCUUGCCUUGCAUCCUGUGUCACAACCCGAGACAGUCGUCGCCCCACGUUAUGCAGCCACAGAUGUUGCUGCUGGAACGGGGCCCUUUUAACAGAGCGGUGGCAAACGGCUGGUCCAGGCUUUGGAACCAUCAGGGCUCUGCC